AUGGACGCCAAAAUUCUCGAAGCUUCAAAUAAUCACCCAAAACCCGUCGAUCGGGUCUUUCAAUAUGGCACUGCGGGGUUUCGUAUGAAGGCCACUCUUCUCGACUCAGUCGUCUUCCGCGUUGGUCUUGUGGCUGCUCUUCGAUCGCGCAAGUUGGGUGGUCAAACGAUCGGUGUUAUGAUCACCGCGUCGCACAAUCCACCCGAGGAUAAUGGUGUCAAGUUAGUUGAUCCGAUGGGCGAGAUGUUGGAGAAUAGUUGGGAGGCAUAUAGUACACAACUGGCGAAUGCGAAGGAUGAGGAUGUGGUGGAAGUUUAUCGCAAGUUGGAGAAGGAUUUGAAAAUCAACCCGGAAACUCCUGCAAGAGUUAUUUAUGCUAGGGAUACGAGACCUUCAGGCCCGAAAUUGGUGGCGGCUUUGGUUGAUGCUCUCGAGGCUACCGGAACAGAUUAUACGGAUUACAAGUUGCUUACGACGCCUCAAUUACAUUAUUUGACUAGAUGUACGAAUACGGAGGGAACACCACAAGCGUAUGGCGAUGUCAGUGAAGUUGGAUACUAUGAGAAGUUGGCAAAGGCUUUUGAGAGAGCUAUGAAGGGCAAAAAGGCUGUUGGGUCGGUCACUGUUGAUUGUGCCAAUGGUGUUGGAGGUCCUAAAUUGCAUGAAUUGAUUAAGUAUCUGCCAAAGGGUAUUCUCGAUAUUAAGGUCGUCAACGACGAUGUUUUGAAAGCAGAGAAUUUAAACCAUGAGUGCGGUGCCGAUUUUGUCAAAACCAAACAACGAGCUCCUCCUUCAUCAAAAGCCGGAAACAAUGAUCGAUGCUGUUCAUUAGAUGGAGAUGCCGACAGAAUUAUCUACUACUUCAAUGAUCCAGAUCAUGGAUUCCGUCUAUUGGAUGGUGAUAGGAUUGCUACACUCGCCGCUUCAUUCAUCGGUGAUCUUGCUAGAGAAGCUGGACUUGCAGAUGAAUUGAGAAUUGGUGUUGUACAGACUGCAUAUGCCAAUGGUGCUAGUACCAAGUAUGUUGAGAAAACAUUGAGGCUUCCCGUGGUUUGCACUCCUACUGGUGUAAAAUGGUUACAUCAUGCAGCCACCAAGUUCGAUGUCGGUGUUUAUUUCGAAGCAAAUGGCCAUGGAACUGUCGUUUUCUCACAACAAGCCUUGAAAGCAUUUGCUAGCACGGAACCGGAAUCUCCUGCUCAAGCAAGCGCUUUGGAAGCUCUUCGUGCCCUCACCGAUCUCAUCAAUCAAACAGUCGGAGAUGCACUCUCGGAUAUGUUACUCGUUGAAACAAUUCUCGCCCACAAGUCUUGGACACCAAAAGAAUGGGAUCUUACCUACAUUGAUCUACCCAAUCGUCUCGUCCGAGUUGAAGUUGCUGAUCGAAACUUAUUCAAGACAACGGAUGCUGAGAGAAAACUCGUUGAACCACAAGGCACACAAGCACAAAUUGAUGCAUUAGUUGCUAAAUUUAAGGACGGUAGAAGUUUCGCUAGAGCCAGUGGGACUGAAGAUGCUUUGAGAGUAUAUGCAGAAGCUGCUACGAGAAGUGAAGCUGAUGAUUUGGCUACCAAGGUAGCAUCCUUGUGUAGGGUUGAGGGAAGCAUCAAAGGUUAG